GUCACAUGCUAGUCAAGCUGGAUCAGCUGACAUCACCCAGCUUCUCCUUUUGAUGCUCUGUCUUCACCAUCGACUGAUAUCGCGUCUUAAAACGCAAAUAUUUCGGUAUUUUAGCAGUACUGGCGUCAAAUUUUAGAUUUGAGCCGAGGAUAUCUCGCUGAUCCAGCAGGUUAGACCGCUAGAUAAAUGCUGCUAGAGUGGAUGAUGAACGGACACGCUAUUUUAUAUACGGGGGUCACUUUGGCCUUCUGGAGCACCAUACUAAUCGUCGGUCUCUGUUAUACCAUAUUUGACCUUGGAUUCCGCUUUGAUGUGGCAUGGUUCCUGACAGAGACUUCUCCUUUCAUGUGGGCCAAUCUGGGCAUUGGCUUGGCCAUCUCUCUGUCUGUGGUAGGAGCAGCCUGGGGGAUCUACAUCACCGGCUCAAGCAUCAUUGGUGGUGGUGUCAAGGCUCCGAGAAUCAAAACCAAAAACUUGGUCAGCAUCAUCUUCUGUGAAGCUGUAGCAAUCUAUGGGAUCAUUAUGGCCAUUGUAAUCAGCAACAUGGCGGAGAGCUUCAGUGGAACAACCCCUGAGACUAUCGGGGCAAGGAACUACCAAGCUGGUUACUCCAUGUUCGGAGCCGGUCUGACUGUGGGCUUCUCCAACCUCUUCUGUGGCAUCUGUGUCGGCAUCGUGGGCAGCGGAGCAGCAUUGGCAGACGCCCAGAACGCCAGCCUCUUCGUGAAAAUCCUCAUUGUGGAAAUCUUUGGCAGUGCAAUUGGCCUGUUUGGUGUCAUUGUAGCCAUUCUGCAGACAUCAAAAGUAAAGAUGGGAGACUAGAAGAUGCAUUCACACGCUGACAAGAUAAAAAGACACUGCUGGAAAAUAAGAUGGAUUAUUGUGUAAAUACAUCGUAAAUUAUUUAAAUGUCUUUAUAUGCCUGGUAUUGUUUUCAACAAUCAUUUAUGCAAGAGUGGUACGUGCACACCGACUGUCUUGUUUUGAGUGAAACAUGAAUGUUCAAUAAGAGGAAGUGGAAGAAAAAUUACAAGUUGCCAGUGUGUAAUUCUUGAUACAAGUGAACCCUGCAUCUCUCCCAGAGUUCAGCUUUUUGAAUAGUACAAGCAGAACGUACAUGGAUAGUAGGAUUUUAGAUCAGCCAGUCGGUAGCCCAGAGAGCUGCCAAUAUAUCUUGCAGCUUCAUUUCAUGGUUUGAAUUGGUCCUAAAACUUACUGACUGGUUCAUAAAGUACAUUCUUUUUCUGACCGCUCUUGGAUGAGUGAUGUGUUAAAGAUUACACCAGUGUAUUUGAAAAUGUUGUGUGUGUGUUUGUGUGUAUGCUGGACACAUGGUUUUUCUUUUUUUCCUGUAAAGCAUGAGGGUGUUUACCAUAGUGUUUGUUACUGUAGCCUGGUCAAUCAGUUUUUUGGUUUGCUUAUUUCCUAAUGAUAAGACAGUGGCUCUACUCCACGCAGUGGCCCAAAUACAGUAUUUGGCAGGCCUCCUCUCGCAGAAGUGACAGAGAAUCUAUGUAAUGAGUCAUUAGUGUAAAGUCCCUGGACAGUUGGACAUGCUCUUUGGGAGGCCAGAUAGAGUUGGAUCAAAAGCAGAAGAUGCUCUAAAUAUGUCAUCCUGUCAUUUAGUUCCCUAAAAUGGUAUGGAACUAAGAUGAGACCAAAUGUGGCUCCAGAACAUAGCUGCCAGCCAUAACUUUCUUGUUUAGCCCAAAAUCCCCCAAAAAAUGUUUUUGAUUAUUAUUUUUUUUUUUAAACAAGGUUCUUUUUCAGUAGCUUUAACAUAGAUUAAUUGGAUAUGAAAGGGGAUUGUUCAGUGUUACCAGAGGGAGGCUAAACGAUUGUGGAUACCCAGAUUACCUUUCUUUGCAGUUAACCAUCCUGUUUCUCAAGUCACUAAUAAACCUUAUAUUAGACUAGAACGAGGACAUCACUUACUAGUAUUACUUUACACUCAAUAGUACCUGUUAAUAUCUGCUGUAGUAUCACCAUCGUUGUACUAUGGGUCUUUAGGGAAAAUAAUUUCGUACAGGCUGGUUCUGACUUUGAUUUUAUGUAAUCUCAGGUGGUCUGGCACCCAAAACUAUGGACUCAUCACAAAUCAAACCGCUUUAGGAAUAGAGAUUUUUAAAUUUGCUUGUUUUACACGCUUCACAUUGCUUUGCUUUUUUAUUAAACUGUCUUGUUUUGAAUAUACGUCCUAACAUGUUAGCUGCUUUUUGUGUUCCAAUUUAUUUUCUAACAUUCCUUGAAGAAGCUUAAUGUGUGUGUAAAGCUAAGUCUUGUUUGUGGGUAGAGUGCAAUUUGAAUAACAUUAGAUUCCUGUUAUAUCACAACAAAGCCAUCUUUGAAUGUUUAGUUUCCUAUUGAUGCUGACUUGUACCAUGGCUACUUAUGAAUCAUCUCCGAUCUUCCCCCCCCCCCCACAAUGACCCUCUUGUGAAGUUCUGAAUGAGUUUAAACGUUGAAUCUUGGCACGGGGAAACAGGAUUGUCUUUAAUAUCUGUGGCCCUGGACUCCCAAAGGUGUCAAAGCAGCAAAGUCAUCUUUUGCUCUUAUGGUGGUUUUCUAAUUAAACAAAGCUGUAUCUCCAGCACUCCUUUGGUAGACCAGGCCUUGUACCACACGCCAGGCCUCAGUCAGUGUAGUUGCUACCGUGUGUGCAUUAUGUUGAUGUGAUGGUGAACAGAA